GGACGGAACAACUGAUAGAUUGGUCAGAUUGAAGACAAUGUCUUCGCCAAUAUUGAGACCAUUGAGAGCUGUAGUGAUGACUUGAGCCGACUUUUGCGUCUUUGAUUGUCGACGUAAUUGAUGAUCGCAGUGUCGGUCGUUCAAUGGACGAGACUGCGGCCAAGCGAGCGGACGGCCAGUCUCUGCUAUUGCCGGGACAUGUGGUCAAAGAGCGGUGGCGAGUGAUUCGGCGAUUAGGAGGCGGAGGUUUCGGCGAAAUCUUCGAGUGUUUGGACUCUUCUUCACAACAAUUGGUUGCUCUGAAAGUGGAAUCAACUCAACAACAAAAACAGGUUCUUAAGAUGGAAGUUGCGGUUCUCAAGAAACUGCAGACUCAGUCGCAAAAUGUCUGUCGUUUCAUUGGUUGCGGACGUAAUGAACGCUUCAAUUACUGCGUAAUGACUCUUUUGGGCCGCAAUUUAGCGGAAUUGCGUCGUUCGGUUCAACACAUCAACCAAAAACCCGCUUUUUCUUUAUCCACGGCUUUAAGACUUUCGCAACAAAUACUUCAUUGCAUUGAAAGCAUUCAUUGCAUUGGAUUUCUUCAUAGAGACAUAAAACCGUCCAACUUUGCGAUCGGACGAACGCCACAAACGGCUAAACGUGUCUUUAUGUUGGACUUCGGUCUGGCCAGACAGUACAUCAUCUCGAGCACGGGUGAAGUGCGUCCUCCUCGCGUUGCGGCCGGUUUUCGAGGAACAGUUCGGUACGCUUCGGUGAACGCGCAUAAGAACCGCGAAAUGGGACGACACGACGACUUGUGGUCUUUGUUUUACGUUUUGGUGGAAAUGGUCAACGGAAGUCUUCCGUGGCGUAAAGUCAAAGACAAGGAUUCCGUGGGUCUAAUGAAGGCCUCCUUCGACCACCGCCUCCUUCUCAAGCAUUUGCCGCAAGACUUCCGGCAAUUCCUCGAACACAUCGAAUCUCUACAAUACGCCGAUUCUCCCGAUUAUCAGCUUUUAAAUGCCGUUUUCGAAAGAGCUAUUCGUCGAAGAGGUAUUCGAUGUGAAGAUCCCUUCGAUUGGGAUCAAACUCAACGCAAUCCCAAUCCAGAGGCAGCUGUUGUUCCCGCAGCCGAAGCUUCAGUCGGCUAUUACUCAGAAGUGGCGGCCAAUGAACGCCCGAUUCCUAUCACUGACAGAACGCCUGUCGUGUCGGCACAUGCGCUACAAUCACGCGAAAACAUCGACGUCCCGGACGACAGACCGACGCGUCGUUCCGAACGACCGCCGGACGACACAAAGGCGACUGUCGUUUCGGCGCACAAAUGCACCGACUUUUCGGUUGUGACGCAAAUGAACGCGUGCGCCGACGAAUUAUCACUGCAAAGACCGCAAACGGCGCGCGACCGCAGAAAUGUCACGCAAUACUGCGUUUCAAAUUUUUGGGAAAAAAGCGUUGCUUUUAAUGACGCAAACGAUGACGUCAUUCAAGACAUGGAUUUCGAUACCGAAAGACGACUUCCGGUCGAAACUCAAGACGACGUUAAGCCGUCUCCAGUACCGCAAUACAAACCGCCGAUGUUGUCAUCUAACGCUUCCAAUACUUACCCGAUUUGCAAGCAUUUAAUGGGAUUUCGAUCUCAAAGUCUUUCGCAAAUCCCUUUUAUGAGCGCUGAAGACGCGACGCCCGACCGUCGUCUCGGACGACGACAGUGCGACGUCGCGGACGACGCGCCGCUGACGUGGCCGACACCUUCGAGAUCUCAAGAGUCGCAACUCAUUCGCUCUCUUUCUUUGCAUUUCUGGUCGUCUUCUAGUCGUCGAGUCAUUCGUCCGCCGCAGACACCGCCUGAAGAGGCACUCGAGCCGUUGGCCGAAGCGGUGGCGCGAAUGAGGAAAAAGUUCUUUCAUUAGUUGUCACGUGAUUUUUGGUUUUUAUUUAAGCAAUAAAUUCGUAUUCAUUUCGACUUUAAUUCGACUUUAAUUUG